CGGACCGUCGGGGCUGAGGCACCGCCUGCCCGGAAGGAGCCGCUGAGAGUCGGGUCGUGGCAGCCAUCGCGCUUUGUGGUCGUGUCUCCGGGGCUGUGGCGCCGACGCUGAGCUGCGCUUUGCGUUCUCGCCCGUGGCAGACCCUGUAAGAUUUGGAUAUGUCCUUCAUAUUUGACUGGAUUUACAGUGGUUUCAGCAGUGUGCUACAAUUUUUAGGGUUAUAUAAGAAAACUGGUAAAUUGGUAUUUCUUGGAUUGGAUAACGCAGGAAAAACAACAUUGCUACACAUGCUAAAAGAUGACAGACUUGGACAGCAUGUUCCAACAUUACAUCCUACUUCAGAAGAACUAACCAUUGCUGGCAUGACCUUUACAACUUUUGAUCUGGGUGGACAUGUUCAAGCUCGAAGAGUGUGGAAAAACUACCUUCCUGCUAUCAAUGGUAUUGUAUUUCUGGUGGAUUGUGCAGACCAUGAAAGGCUGCUCGAAUCAAAAGAAGAACUUGAUUCCCUAAUGACAGAUGAAACCAUUGCUAAUGUGCCUAUCCUGAUUCUUGGGAAUAAAAUUGACAGACCUGAAGCCAUCAGCGAAGAGAGGUUACGAGAGAUGUUUGGUUUAUAUGGUCAGACAACAGGAAAAGGCAGUGUGUCUUUGAAAGAACUGAAUGCCCGGCCCUUAGAAGUUUUCAUGUGCAGUGUGCUCAAAAGGCAAGGUUACGGAGAAGGUUUCCGCUGGAUGGCACAGUACAUCGAUUAACCUCCAUUCCCAUCAACUCCAGGUCUCGCCAUUCAGGCCUACUCAGAGAUUUGAUCACUCAACAUGCAUAACUUGAAUUCAAUAGACUUUUGUUGGUUAGAAAACAGAUGUUUUUUAGAUUAUUAAUAAUAUAUCAACUUAAUUUGAGUGAGAAUUGAAAACUGAUUCAAAGAAGUUUGACUAUGACAAUGUUAGCUUUCUAAUUCCAUAAAAAUAAUUCGUUUUUACAGUUUGUAAUCUGACAUUACCCCCGGCGCCAUUUAUAAAGAGUAAAUUUCCAGCAGUACACUUGAAGCACUUUUUAACAUGAAAUUACAAAUAUAAACCAUAUUUAAAAGCUCAUCAUGUUAAAUUUUUUAUGUACUUUUUUGGAACUAGUUUUUAAAUUUUAGAUUAUAUGUCCACUUAACUGUACAGUUCAUAAUCAGCUUAUUGAUCAUUGCAUGAUGCCUUACAGUUGUCAAUAACAUUUUUUCAUAUGCAAACUUCAUGCAAUAAAACAAACUAAUAUCUGGCAUUCUUACUGGGCAAAUGUUUUAUUUAAUGUUUGUUACCUCGCUAGUAUGUUCUGAAAUCUGAAAUAAUUAUUAAUGCAUUUGAGGGGAUUGCUGGGAAAGGAGAUUACUUCAGAAUAUUUAGAAUAAUGUUUAAAUCCCUUGAGGCUUUUGCAUUUACUGGGUCAGUUUUGUUUGGUUGUUCCUUAUCACACAUUUCUCUUUGAAUCACGUCUUUUUUUUUUUUCUAUCAGUGCCAGUCUUUACUAGAGUGGACAGAAUCCCUGCCACUCUAUAGGAUCUGCAUUUUCUAAAGAACAGCACAUCUGCUGUUAUAGCAUGACGCUGGCUUUUGUUUGAUAGAUGCUCGAGCUCUAUUGCAGUUGUGAAACUGUGAAGGAGUCUUUUUGGUGCUCUGUUUGGUAAUCUGCCUCUUUACAUGAAGGCGUUGGUCUCCGUGCAUUUAGGUUCUCCAAUGGGUGAGCAACAGGCUGUCAUUGUGGAGUUCUUCACGUCUAAGGAAACAGAAACUACCCCUGCUUCGUUAGCCCCAAGGUGUGUAGGGAUUCUGCCGCUGUUCACUCUUUCAUAUUCUUUGGCAUAUGUUAUUUCUUGAUACAAAAAAAAACUUGUAGUUUCCUUUUUUAUCUCAGUUGCUAUCAGCUAGCUCUUGCUUUAUUGCCCAAAGGCUUUUGUCUUACAAUGCUUGCUGUGUGAUAGUGUCUGCAAGCCUCAUUGAUAGGACUUCCUAAUACAAUUUUAGUGAGCUUUUUAAAGCAUUUUAAUUUCCAAAGAAAUUAACUUCUCCCUCCUUCCUGUCCCCCCAUCUGAGACUCUCAUAAUUAGUAAAGUAAAAUGAAUGUGCCAAAUGUGUAUUUUUAAAGACUCUCAGUGUAAGAUUUCCUCUCUAGGUUAUAAAUCAAGCCUGUUUUGUCAAUUUUACCCAGUUUUAUCAAGAAUAAACUGUCAAUUCCAUCAAUUACUUUAAUAUCAAAUGUAGUAUUUUUCUGACCAAUCAGAGCCAUCACAGUUCUUUCUGAUGUAAUCACUGUAACAUACAAGGAACUAGAAGAAAUUGCCACUUAGUUAAGCCAACAGGGUCAUUUCUCAUGAUAGUUAGUUUUAGGAAUUUGGUUAUUUCACUUUCAGAUUCCUUCUAAAGAAAAACAAGUACUUCUUUCCUGCUUAGAAAUAUCAGUCGCACCAUAGGAAAAGUCAGAUAUGACACAGCAGCCUAUUGGUUUACUCUGCCAGAUAGGUUUGAACUGCUCAUUUCUAACAUCCUGAUAAAGAACUAAUCUUUAUUAUAAAAGGAAUUGCUUCCCGCUGUUGUCAUCUUUCUUACUACCAACAGAGACAUGCCUUUCUUGUAUUUCCUAAAUUACUUACUGUAUGGCUAGAUAGUUAAUUAUUUAUGUCAUAAAUAAUGUGGCAUAAAGGGGGAAGUGAACUGGUUCCUCUAGAUGGGGGGGGGGGGGGCGUGGGAGGGACAAAGAGUACAGCAGGUAGGGCCUUUGCCUCACACACAGUUAACCAGGUUCAUUCUCCAGAACCCUAUAUGGCCCCCCAAGCCCCACCAGGUGCGACCCUGAGCACAGAGCCAGGAGUAAGACCUGACCACCACUAGGUGUGUCCCUAAAACAAAAUACAUUGAAUGUAAGGUCUCAGCUUACUUUUACAUUUUUAAAAAAAUUCUUAAUAAUUCCACACCUAUUUCAAUCACUCUAAUGACUUGUGAAUUAUAAUUUAGAAAACUGGUUAAACUGAUAACUCAAAUUUAUUUUUAUUUCAGUGAAAUCUUAAAAUGAAGAUUAUAGCAUUAAAAAAUGUAGCAUAGAUAUUUUCUAAAACAUAUGCAAAAAUAUUAUUUCUAAUUGGCUUAGUUAAUCCAGUAUCUUUGAGUGCCAAAGAUGUAUGAAUUCAGAUAUUGCCUGCAUAGGUCUAUAUUUCAUGUUUUGUGUGCUUGUGUACAUAAAAUAAAUUUUCUGUGCUUUACAGCAUAUCAGCAGAACACUGUUUCAGUUUCAAGCUGACUCACACUUCUCUAGUGCACUUCAGCUUGUAAACUAUUUGUAAAUCAUUAAAAUAGGGCAAUGGCUAUUAAGUGUUCCCUGUCUUCUGCAAAACAAUCCAUCAGCCACAAUCAGAACCCAGCAUGUCACAAUUUCACCAUCAAAAACAGUUUAUUUACUUCUAAUUGACAUGAUCUGAGAAUUUCAGUUUUGAAAACUGUAUAUGGUAUGUAACUCAAGGUGAUAUUUCAAUCUUGUGUCUUAUAUGACUUCAUGAUUUAAGUUCACAGGUACUUUUUAGCAAGUAAGUCUUGACCAGCUAAAAAGAAGUCUCCCAAAAUAUGCUGUGUUCAUUUUAUUUCCACUUUACUCUUCAGGUCAUUUUCAGCUCAUUUUAAGCUAAGUUAUUGAUGCUUCCAAAAAAUCUCUUAUGCAUGAAAAAAUAAGAAUUUCAUAAUUAAAAUAGGGAAUGAAAGCAUUUUCUAUAAGCCUUUUUUCUUUUGAGGGUUCAGAAAACAGUUCUUAAAGACUAAAUUCUCAAAGCUACAUGCUGAUGUCCCUAGUUAUUCCCCUUACUGCUCAUCUCCUUUUGAAGUGCAAGUCCAUAUUUUUAACGAGAAAAGAACUGGCUCUUGAAUAUGACUGUGCCUCUGUGUAAAUGAUUGGGACUUUGUUAAAACUGUUUCCAUUUCUGAACCCCUCAACCAGCCUCUACCCCACACCUGAGUGUGAUGGAAGUCUCCAGAAUACUGACGAUGCAGUUGUGAACCACUACUUUUUGUCAUUAUUUAGAACACUAAAUAGCAAGUUUAUUUAAUACCAGUGGCCAGGGUUUUGACACGCUUGUAAUUGCAAUCCAAAGUAAACAAAGUCAUCCAAAGUAAACUCUGUUUUCAGGAAUGUUUCCCCACUCCGAUUUAUCUUUGAGGGCAGAAAAAUGGGAAAGGUGUUUGUGUGGGCAAAAUUACUUUUGGCGUGGAUGAAUCCUUUUUUAACAUGCACUUUAAGUGGGAGGAUUAUAUUUCAUUGUAGUUUUAAAUAUUUUGGAGGGUAGAGGGGAAUGAACCCUACAUUUCUUGACAUGUAAAUCUUCAGAAAUGUUUUCUUUAUCAAACGUAAGGUUCCAUUCACAUUUAAAUAGCCAACUUCGUGUGGGUUUCUGUAUUCUCCAGUGCUGCUCCAAACAUGAAUUCAUAAUCAGCUGCUGUGCUAAGAAGGCCAGAGCACUCAGGGUGAGUGUAUAGACAAGUUAGUUUCAAAGUGGUCAGUGUUUCCUACGGUGAGGCCUUACGUGUUGGGCUGAAUGCAGAGAUGUUGCAUCGGUAAGUUGGUGAUAAGUUUUCCAUCCUAAACUUAUUUGCACUUUUGUACACCACUGCUUGCACUAGCACCUUAGGUGUGAAUUUUAACAAUUGUUUUACAGUACAUACAGAUUGUUAAGCAUAAUUUAUAAAGCCAUUUCUGUUUACCUUCAUGUGUUUUACAAAGAACAGCUAUAGUAGUUGGUUAAAUGUUCUUGAAUUGUGUUUGUAUGUUAAUUUUGAUUAUGUUCUAUUAUCUUUUCACCCUCUGAAUUUGAGUGUCAGGAAUAGAAAAAUAAAAUGCUAACUUUGUCUUUGAAAAA